UUCGACUUCGUUGCUCGACAGAUGGGAGACGACACAAUCAACAUUGCAUUGGUGAACAUGGGCAAAGCCACCUUGGAAGGCCAGCUUCCCACCAAAGGGAAGAUUGUUAAGGUGGAUUUCGAGCGCGUGGACGCCGCGUGGUCCGACUUGUAUCCGGAGUGGAUCGAUGAGACCUCUGCCAAGUGUCCGGAGCUACCCAUGCCCGUGUUUCAGAACUACGAGAAGCUCGACGUCGUGGUGGCUAGGCUUCCUUCUGAUCAGGAAUUUGGAUUGAGGGAUGUUUUUAGAUUGCAAGUGAAUUUGGUGGUAGCUAACUUGUUAGUGAGGUGUGGGAGAGUGGAAAGUAGACCAAUUUAUGCAGUGUUUAUAGGGUCAAGUGGGCCUAUGUGGGAGAUCUUUAGAUGUGAUGAUCUUGUGUUGCACGAUGCUGAUUCUUGGAUUUACAAACCCCAAAUGAGAAGGAUCAGACAGAUAGUACGCAUGCCUGUCGGCUCGUGCCAACUCAACCCUCCAUUGCCACAUCAUGGUGAAGAAUUAGGGAUUGAGAGGUGGAAGCAGGGAAGAGAGGCUUAUGCUACUAUACUACACUCGAACGAUAAGUAUGUGUGUGGAGCAAUAGCUCUAGCACAGAGCCUCAUCCAAUUAAACACCACAAAAGAGCUGGUGGUGCUAGCCGAUGAUCGCAUCCCUCCCGAAUCCAUCGACGGCCUCCAAUCAGCCGGCUGGAAGAUCAAGCGGAUCCAACGGAUACGAAACCCUCAGUCGAAGAAGAACUCGUACAACGAGUGGAACUACAGCAAGCUCCGCCUCUGGCAGCUCGUGGAGUACGACAAGAUCAUGUUCAUCGACGCCGAUUUCAUCGUCACCAGAAGCCUCGACAAGUUCUUCACACACCCGGGGAUCUCGGCCAGGGGAAACAACAAGCACCGUUUCAACUCGGGGCUAAUGCUUCUAGAACCUUCGCUGUGCACGUUCAAGACCCUGAUGGAGAAGACGUGGUUGGUGAGGUCGUACAACGGCGGCGAUCAAGGGUUUCUGAAUGAGAUGUUCCCGUGGUGGCACCGCCUCCCCAACAAGAUCAACCAUCUCACCUACUUCGAUGAUGACAAAGAUAGAGAUCACACGGUGGGGAACGACGCCUACGCCAUCCACUACCUUGGGUUGAAGCCGUGGUGGUGCUACAGAGACUACGACUGCAACUGGGAUAGGCCGAGGAAUCAAGUAUUCGCGAGCGACUCGGCUAACAACAUUUGGUGGGGUGUGUAUGACAAGAUGCCUCACAAUCUCAGACAGCUGUGCUAUAUGCCAGACUUCAGACAUGGCCUCUUUAAACAGAACAGAAACAUCGCCAAGGAGGCUAACUUAUCUGAUGGACAUUGGAGGAUCAAGAUUAGAGACCCCAGGAAUACUUACACAUUCUGA